AUGCUACCACGCAGACUAAACGAGUAUAACACUACUUCAGAGUCCAUAGUCGGAAAACCAGGACAACAGCAACUACAACACGACUCAAUGGCGUCUGACUCGCCGCCGACACGUUGGCAGUCGGGUGAGGUGCUUGCGCCCGUCCGUUCCAAGUCUGACUCAGUCGCUGCGAAUCUCGUCCAAGCCUGCGCACCAAGUCCCCACUCGAGACCUCGGCGAGCGCCACCCAUUCAUCGCUCGACGGCUCCACCUUGCUCGGGAGGGCUCGACCAACGCACGCCAUCCAAUCGAGGAACGGUCGAAAAUGGCGACACUUCAAAAAGAUGGCUCUGGAGCCAUGGAUCACUGUCUUCGUCAUCGUCAUCAUCGCCUUUCCCAGCGUCGCGUCAAGGGACACAGGCAGGCCUCGGCGACGGUGGCACCGGUGCGAGUGGAAUUUCGAUGGCCGAUACCUCGUCUGCAUACUCGCCACUCCUACCAGCAGAAGGAUGCCCGCAGCCAGCUCAGACCGGUUUGAGACCUCUGAUGUAUCGCUUGGGGUCAAGGCGGUAUCGAUCGAGCCGAGCCGUGGCUUUUUGGACGGCGCUGAUUUGCAUCUUGCUCAUCAUUCUCUACGCGCCCCUACCCGAUGACGGUCUCGAGCACUCUAUAUCAGUAUCUCCGAUGCCCUCCAAACUACAACAGUCUCUUGGAGUGCUUCGAAACGGUGUCAAGUCUGGCGUACGCCAAGCGGUGAACCAACUACCCAAGCCGUCCUGGGUAUCCGCAGUCACCGAUCGGGCGUCUCGGAAUAAGUCCAUCAAGGUGUCGAUGCUUCCAAGAAAGGCCAACUAUCCGACCCAUAAUGAUCCCGAAGAACGCUACAUCGGGUUCUUACCCCAUUCAGGCUUCGACCAGCAGCGCAGCGCCUUUGCGACGGCCCUCAUGCUUGGCAAGAAGCUCAAUCGGACUGUUCUCGUUCCCCCCGUUUGGCUCGGGAAGCAAAAUCCUUAUAAACCUUAUGAUCAGCUUCAAGAGUCGUGGAACGACGCGCUGCAUCAGUAUCCGUCCUCGUUCCGGAUCUCCGAUGACAGUAGAGGACGGAAAUCUUCCUCCGAGUCGCCACUCCUCAAGCCGGGCAAUUACUCCUCGACGCUAAACGGAGCACUGGAUGCUGGGAAGGUGAGAGCUUGUCAACUUGGCCGCCCCUAUAUCAGCUUUUACUGACCUGAUGUUAGAUACUACUGAUGCAACAGCUCCAGCAGACUUUGGGACCAGAAACGAUGGAAACCGCGGCAGACUGCAAAUCCUCCGAUGCUGAGUGUCAAAAACCAAGCACCACGUUCGUUUCUUUGGAUCGACUCGUCGACUUGGACGCGGUUACGAGGAUUACCGGAGUCAAGCUGGUUAAUCGUUGGGACAUGCGAGAGAAAGCUUUGGAGCAACUUCUGGAUAAGGGGCCCGAGGAAUUUGUGAGUACUCCUUCGGUCCAUUUCUCCGUUUAUGCCAGCGUCGGCCACCAAUGUGACGCCUGAGUGCCUACAGUUCGUUAUCCAUGACCAAUCAUACGACGACCUCAGCUUCUUGGACGAUAUCUCCAGGAAGCUGGGCGUGGGGGCCUUUACCAACCAGUCCACACCACCACUCUUGCACUCCGCAUCAGGCUCAAGAUCCGAUCGUUCUGGCUCGCGCGAAGUUUCCCUCAGUGCGCUCAACAUGCUUUCCCAAAAGGUUUUGUUGGUUGGAAGUCUAGCGGGGACUAUGCGCCUGCAAUCUCUGGACCCUGCCCUGUCAAGUAUCCAUCAGUCGCUGGCCUUCCGUUCUUCUCGAUUGAUCACCCCUGCUCGAGCGAUGCGGCAUCGUCUUGGUGGAGCGUACGGUUAUGCCGGUGUGUACGCUAGAAUCGGGAACAAAACAAACAAGGAUCGCGCCGAGCUCUAUUUGGGUGAAGCAUGGCAUGACCUUGUCGCUCGGUUGAAGAUUGAGCCGUCCGUCGCCCAGGUCAUGUGGGAGCUCGUCCGUACGGCCAACGAGAAGCGCAGCGGUUCAAAGUCGACUCCAACCCGCUCAUCCUCGCGGAAGAAGUCAGGCUUGAAGAAGAUCCGUCUCAGCGCUGAUGUCCUGUCCGGUGCUCCCAAGAGACCAUUGGGCCUCGAAACGGGAAGCACCAUCUUCGAAGAUGAUACUACCGUGUUCUCUUUGCCGGCGACCACGAGCCACCAUAGGCUUCAUCGCCGUCACAUUCGAGGCGAACAGGCCCCUUCCCCGGAUCUGGUUUUCAACCAAUGUCGCAGUAAUGUUCAUACGGAUAGCGAUUACCUCCCCUUUAAUACCCCUAUUUACCUCGCGACCAACUCCCCUGAUCCUGAAGGCGACCCCAAGCUAGCAAUUUUCUUCAAGGCCUUUCCAUGCACGUUCAUUCGGUCGGACUUCGAGGUCCCGAGUGAGAUGAACGGUGGAGAAGUGGUGGAGAGUCUCUUGGAAUUGAGGAGGUUGGUCAAUGUCAACGAUGGAGUGGCUCUUGGCCAGAUGUUUGAGCCUCUAUUGGACCAGACUGUGGUGGCGAUGGCGAUGAUCUCCGUGCAGGCAAAAGGAACGCUGUCGAGCAGUAAGUAGUGCGCGUUCAUCCCGACCCAUACUUUUUUUUAGACCACUGAAUCAUCUUUCACGAUCGCAGCUUUUGUGGAACGAGACCUCCAUACUGCCUACCGCCAAGACCGCAACGACGAACAACAGCUGCCGGCGGAGAGCAACCACGGCACCGUCUUUGGGCAUUGGUGA